AACAGCUGAUUGAUUGUUUCCAAAUCCGCCGCAGAAAAAUGGAUGACGUCGCCUCCGCUCAGAGCGAGAAUGAAAAUCUCCGGAAGAUUCGGAACCGUCUCAUGCAAUGGGAAUCCAAGACGGACCCGCUGGCGGCGCUGAGUGUCCAGCAGGAGGAGCAUCUGGACGUCCUGACCAAUCUGUGGCACGACAGCGGACCAUCGGCACCGGUUCCAACUACGCCGACCCAGGCAGGUCCAUCCGAGGUGGCAGCAAGUCCUCCGCAAUUCGGGGACGACAUUGAACUGCCCGCCGAGGGAUUGCAGAACACGAACGAUUUCCUGCUCUGGUUUGCGGACGUCAGCGCCGAGAUAGAGCAACGUGGCGAUGCCGACUACCACAAAUACCUGCAGCAGCUGGAGCAGCGCAAGGCGGAGUGCUCUCACAUGCUGGCCCAGAUCGCGGGGGCCAUGGAGCGCCUGGGUGCCCUCUGCGACGAGUACGACUUUGUGUCGCAAAAGACGAGCGCUUUGAAUGCGGCCAGUGAGCAAUUGAUCGAGGAGCAGGAGAAGCUCCAGGAUCUGAGUAACGAGAUCCAGCGCCGACUGCACUAUUUUAGCCAGGUGGAGCUGCUUAACCAGCGACUGCAGAGCCCCACGCUGUCGGUGGCCAGCGAAGCGUUUCGGGAGUGCCUCAACAAGAUCGACGAAUGCCUCAACUACAUCGAGGAGAAUCCCAAAUUCAAGGACGCCACCGCCUACAAUGUCAAGUACAGGCAGUGCUUGGCCAAAGCUUCGGGUCUGGUGCGCAACUACGUGACCAGCGUCAUCAACCAGGCCACUGAGGCCACGCUGCAUCCCAAGAACAAUGUGCCGGAUGCAUCCACUGCCCUCAAAGCGCCAGAUGCCGCCUUUGCCCUGUACUACGGGAAAUAUCAGACAGCCGCGGCGAAGGUGAAGCGGGUGGCUCAGUUGAUAGAGGCCCGUUCGGAGCACAGCCAGGAUUACGGCCUGUUGAUGGCGGAUCUGCAGCAGCACUAUUUGGCACAGCGGGCUAGCGUCAUGUCGCCGGCGGUUAAUCUGUCCAUACAAAACGUCAAAUUGGCCCACAAAGGAGAUCACUGCUCGCUGACCCGGAGUGCCUGCGCCUUCUUGGUCCAUGUUUGUCAGGAUGAACAGCGUUUGUUCUACCAGUUCUUUAGCACUGGAGCUCCACAUUUGACGGUUUAUCUGGAGGGCUUGUGCACCAUUCUUUACGACACCAUGCGGCCCUUUAUCAUACACAUUAAUCACUUGGAAACACUGGCAGAGAUCUGCUCUAUUUUGCGCAUCGAAAUGCUGGAGGAGCACGUUCAGCAGAACCCUGCUGCCCUGGAGGCCUUUGCAACCAUCGCUCACCAGCUGCUGCAGGAUGUGCAAGAGCGAUUGGUAUUCCGAGCGCAUUUAUACCUCCAGUCGGAUAUUCAAAAUUUUAAUCCCUCAUCGGGAGACCUGGCUUACCCGGAAAAGUUGGAAAUGAUGGAGAGCAUUGCCUUGUCGCUUCAAGAACCUCCUACAUUGCGUCGUUCGGAUUCUCGCGCCUCAAUGAUAUCUAGUGUUUCGAGUGCUGUGGAAACUGAAAGCGUGGACACUGCCUACAGGGUGAAACAGAUGAAUUCCCCUGCUGAUCUGCAUGGCAUGUGGUAUCCCACGGUGCGCCGGACAUUGGUGUGCCUCUCUCGGCUUUACCGCUGCGUGGAUAGACCCAUUUUCCAAGGACUCUCUCAGGAGGCGCUCAAGCUCUGCAUACAGAGUGUCUCGCAUGCGGCUGGCAAGAUUUCAGCCACCAAGACGCCCAUUGACGGGGAGCUGUUUGAAAUCAAGCAUCUGCUUAUUCUGCGGGAACAGAUUGCCCCGUUCCGAGUGGAUUUCACAGUGAAGGAAACAUCACUGGACUUCAGCAAGGUGAAGACUGCUGCCUUUGGUCUUUUGCAUAAGCGCAAGCAGCUCUUUUCCAUGGGCAGCAACAAUGCUCUGCUGGAAUUCCUGCUGGAGGGCACGCCGCAGAUUAAGGAACAUUUGCUGGACUCCCGAAAGGAAGUGGACCGACAACUAAAGUCGGUGUGUGAGAAGUACAUUAAGGAUGCGGUGCACAUGCUGGUGGGGCCCCUUGUCACAUUUCUGGAAAAGGCGCAGAGCCUGUUGGCGCAAGUCACUCCAUCAGCGCCACAAUCUACGGAGUCUGGGAAAGCCAGCUACGCUUUGAGGCAAAGCCCCUGGGCAAGUCCGCAGCAGAUAAGCAGUAUCAUCCAGGAGACACAGCGCCUGAUUAAAGCAAAGUUGGCGGUGCUUCAACGUUCCAUGCAGCUCUAUCUGAGCAAUCGUGAUACGGAGUUCAUUAUCUUCCGACCGAUUCGUAACAACAUCAUUCAAUCGUUCGUGAAGCUGGAACAACUAUUGACCACCAAUGGCUACUCCACAGAUGAUAUGAUCAUCACGAGUUGUCCGUCGGCGGAGCAAGUGUCCAUACUGCUUUCCAGUGCCAGUAUUUUGGCCGCCGAGGGAGUGGCCAGUUUUGCAGCAGCAGCCCGGAAAAUCAGCACCUCGUCCUCGGUGGAAGGUCCUACUGUGGGCAGAAAACUGAGCACACUCUCCAAUAAAUCCGAACUGGUGGAGGAGCCCAAGGCUGAGCAAGCUGCUGCGCAGAAUGAAGUGGUUCCUGCGGAAGGACCAUCACUGGAAAAGAUCGCGGAGGCACAAGUUACGGCACCUCCCACGCAGGCCAAUUCUGAAUAAUUUGCAAUCUAUCGUGUAUAACUACGUGUAUCUAUUUAUGUAGCUAAGCCUUGUACCAUAUUUAUCUGUUUAGAGCUGAGUAAGAUCGGUUUGCAAUAGGGUUGUUUUUCUUAUUUCCCUUUUAAAGAUCCGUGUUAAACGACUCCAUCUAUUCUUUCCAAAAAUGUAGAAUUAACAUUGAUUUAUUUUUGCUAAACCACGUAGAAUGUGACGAAGUCGAAGUAAAUUAACAACAAAAUAUUAAUAGCUAA